CCUGCGCAACUCACCCCCGACUCCGGGACAAGUGGCACUUUCUGUCUCACAGCCGCCGUGUCUUUGUGAGAAUACGUGCUCACCAGGUGGUGUUUCGACACGGCUCGGCUAAGGUCAUCAAGUACAGAUGCGUGGAGAAUACCGGCAACAUCUACCUCUUACGAAAACGGAACAUCCACGAGAAGCAAGACGGAGUUCUGUGCCUUGGUUUCAGCUACAUAGCAGACCACCCGAAGGCUGAAUAUGCUGUACUUAGGCUCAUAGGCCCAGGUGAAGGCACCCAUCUCAUGAGUCCAGUCAUCGUCCCCCGCAAGGCCGAGCUGUCGAUCAAAUCUACCUGCGACCUGGAUGGCGAGAGUCUGCAUGAGGAUUCUGACCACAUCACUAAUGCCUUCAUACGUCGCGCACUGCCUGGCUGCAAGUUCCCGGCACAAAUUCAGGGCAGGUGGAACUUUACGUAUCAACACGCCCGCUCUCUGGAGAUAUGGUCUAGGAACGCCACUCUACAUCUGAUGAAUGGAAAAAACAUCAAAUUCUUGUGUGACAAGAGGGACGGAGGGGUCUUCGUGUUCAGAACGAGUCAGUACACGGGAAAGCAUGAAGACGCCAUCAUGUGUGCUGAGUUCACUCCCAUGCCUGAGGACCCUUUCUACAGCUUCCAAGUCUCCAGACAUAACAGCGGGAACCUUCUUGAUGGCCAGCUCAAAUCUGUGUCAAGGUCAAAGCCCAUUUACGUACACGUAGACUGUGAUUGGAUUGGCAGCCCAGCGCGGCCCGAGUUUCUGUAUCCAUAGCAACAGGAGACCGGCCAUUGGUGUCCUCAUGGCAACGAUUAUAGGGAUCAUAAAACGGAUUUUU